UAGAAAGAGCGAGUCGCAGAAAAGUCRACUUCUCUUCCUUCUUUUCGUCCGAUCGGCUUAAAAGUUCAACAUGAUUGAGUUAAAUCUCUGGGAAAAGUUCCUAAAAAAAGUAGAGCCCCAUCUACCAGAAUAUUUACACUGGAAUGAAAUUUGUUGGACUUUCGUCUUUUACCUUGCAGAAGCAAGGCGUCAUAUUCACCGAUGGACACGAGGAAUGGAGCCUUGGGAGAUUGUGGUAAACACAGUGUCUAUAUGUUUCUGUGCUUUUCUUGCAUUUGAAAUUUUACGUUGGUUUAUAAGCUGGAUUUUCUUCCAAGAUGAAAGUUUUUAUUCAAGAAUGAAAAAGAAAACGUUUAGGAUCAUUAGAAGUCUUCCAAUCAUCAGAGAUAAGAUUGAUGCUGAAAUGCAGAAAACAUUAGAUGAUAUGGAACAAAUGGCCUUUCCAUUACAUGAAGGGCAAGUAUACAGAACCAAGUUACCAUAUAAAGGUCUUAAAGAGGCAGAACUCAUGACUGAAAUAGAUAAAUAUGGCAAAAUGGUGGAGAUUGAUUGGGAAGCUGGUCAUGUGUCUGGUACAGUGUACAACGGAGGCAAAGAACUGACUAAAGUUUUGACUAAAGUUUAUGCCAAGUUUGCCUGGUCAAAUCCUCUCCAUCCUGACGUUUUUCCUGACGUGCGAAAGAUGGAAGCUGAAGUUGUUCAAAUGACUAUUGCAAUGUUUAACGGUGGAAAAGAUGCUUGUGGAACUAUGACAGGUGGUGGUACAGAGAGUAUUCUGUUAGCUUGCAAGUCAUACAGAGAUUGGGCACAUGAACGAGGAAUUCAAAAACCUGAAAUUAUUGCACCAGCAACUAUCCAUGCUGCUUUCGACAAGGCAGCUCAUUAUUUUGGUUUCAAGCUUGUCCAUGUACCUGUAAAUGAAAAGACAUGGAUGUGUGACCUUAGGGCAGUUAAAAGAGCAAUAAAUCGCAACACCAUUGCUAUUGCUGGCUCAGCUCCUCAAUUUCCACAUGGUAUUUUGGACCCAAUAGAAGAAAUGGCCAAACUUGCAAAGAGAUAUAACCUUGGUAUGCAUGUCGACUGCUGUCUUGGUGGGUUCUUAGUUCCAUUUAUGGCAAAAGCUGGGUAUCAUCUGCCACCUUUUGAUUUUAGUGUGGAUGGAGUUACUAGUAUAUCUGCUGAUACUCACAAGUAUGGAUACUCGCCCAAAGGAUCUUCAGUAGUGUUGUACAGUAACAAACAUCUGAGGCACUUCCAGUUCUUCGUUGCUCCUGACUGGCCUGGUGGUAUCUAUGCCUGUCCUUCUAUCCCUGGCAGUCGUCCUGGUGGAAUUAUUGCAGCUACAUGGGCCGCCAUGAUGUACCUGGGAGAAACGGGAUAUGUAGAGUGCACAAAGAAGGUCAUCCAGACUAGAGAACAAAUACAGAAAGGUCUUAGCAAGAUAAAGGGAUUGUUUGUCUUUGGUGAUCCUAAAGUUAGUGUUGUAGCAUUUGGAUCUAAUGAUUUCAAUAUCUAUGCUCUUGGUACUCAACUCACUGAACGAGGAUGGUGCCUAAACUCCCUCCAAAAGCCUGCAGCGUUACCCUACUAAGCACCCAGCCAGGAGUAGUGGAUAAGUUCUUGAAGGAUUGCAGGGAAUGUACUGCUAAACUGAUUAAUGAUCCGAAUGCAAAGACCUCUGGAAUGGGUGCCAUAUAUGGUAUGGCCCAGAACAUUCCAGAUCGUUCUAUGGUGUCAGAGUUAGCAUGUGGCUUCCUGGACUGUAUGUACAACACCAAGAACCCAGGACUGAAACCCAUAUAGAAUAGUACCAAAUAGAAUGACCAGGAACUGUGGCUGCCUCGACCAGACAUCUUAUGUUGGCUGGUCAUCUUAAUUAUAUGAAGAUAUUCAAACAACAGUUAUUCUGUGCGACAAUAAUU